AUGCUGGAAGCUCUCCUGACCGCAGCAGUGAUUGCGUCGACAGCCUUCACGGUAAUUCUCCUUAUGCUACCCAGCCGCUACCUCAAACACUCGCCGCCGAAAGAAACAACCUCCACCUCCACCUCCACAGGCUCUGCGAACGAGCCCAAGAUCUCCGUCCAAGUGCUGGUUCUCGGGGACAUUGGGCGCAGUCCGCGGAUGCAAUACCAUGCCAUGAGCAUAGCAAAACACGGUGGCAGGGUCGAUGUGAUCGGAUAUCAAGAAUCGACUCUGCAUCCUGGCCUGGUCGACAACCCCCUCAUUACCAUUGUCCCCUUGCCUUCACCCCCGCCUCUCCUAAGAGCGGGAAAACUGCCUUUCAUCAUUGCAGGCCCCCUGAAAGUUCUGUUCCAGAUAUGGAGUCUGUUUAACACUCUUGGGUAUCGUACGAGGGCCUCACGGUGGCUACUCGUCCAAAACCCCCCUUCGAUCCCCACAUUGUUCGUAGCAAUCACAAUCUGUUUCCUCCGGAACACGCAUCUGAUAGUUGACUGGCAUAAUUACGGAUGGACGAUUCUGGCUGGGACUCGCGGGGACAGGCACCCAUUUGUUGCGGUUGCCAAGUAUUACGAGGCUAUUUUGGGGAGCUGGGCUCCUACAGCUUCAUUUACUGUAACCGACGCCAUGCAGAAGCAACUUCGAAACGCGCCCUACAAUAUCCGGUCGCCUAUUUUUACACUCCACGAUCGCCCUGCUGCAAUCUUUCAACCCAUGUCUGAUCCAAAGUUGCGACGAGCCUUUCUACAGCGUAUACCUGAAACGAGUACUGUCGCAGACGACAUUAUGGCAGGCAAGACUAAGCUAUUGGUGAGUAGUACAUCCUGGACACCAGACGAAGAUUUCAACCUCUUACUAGAGGCCUUGUGCUCUUACUCUGCGUCUCCGAAAACUCUGCCACCCAUACUCGCUAUUAUAACCGGGAAGGGACCACAGAAACAAAUGUACCUUGAUCGAAUCGCCACCCUUACCAAAGAUUUAAAACUGAACCGCAUCAUGAUACGCACGGCAUGGCUAAGUGCAAAAGACUACGCAACAUUGCUGGGCUGCGCUGAUCUUGGUGUAUGCCUACAUAUGAGCAGCAGUGGAGUCGACCUACCCAUGAAGGUGGUCGACAUGUUCGGUGCUGGCCUGCCCGUCGUAGGAUACGGGGACUACGAAAGCUGGUCAGAACUAGUAAAAGAGGGCUUCAACGGGAGGUCUUUUGUCAGAAGUGGUGAACUCGCAGAAGUCCUGGAAGAGCUCUUCAGCGAGGAAGAUGGCAGCCAGCUUGCUCGACUGCGGCAGGGAGCUGUGAUUGAAGGGAGCAGACGGUGGGACGACGAGUGGGACAGUGUAGCCGGACGGCUGCUAGGUCUUUGCGAAUGA